UUUUUGUGUCUUGGUGUGUGCCACUGCUUCAAGCAAGGACCCUUUUGGUUUUUCAGAGAAAAAGCAAAACGCAAAACGCAGAAACAAAAGAAAGCGAAGCGAUUCGCGUUUUGAAGAAGCAUUCACAACGAAAUAGAGGCACAGACACUGUCUUUCUUUCUUACUCUUCUCGCGUAUGUGUUUUGUGAUCGUGCAUGGUUCCUUGCGAUUUUCCCCUACAAGGAUAGAUCUUUCAACGCUCAUUUUCCUCUGGGAUCUUUCCUUUGACGUGUGAUGUGAAUUUUUUUCGUCUUCUUCACGUCGCAGAUUUUUCUGCAUUAACCUGUUGAAGACUUCUUUUUGGCCAUUUAUCUUGAUUUAUUAUUUUAGAGUGGUGUGGAAUAUGAAUGAAAAGGAAAUUGGUUGGAAGUGGUGAAAAUUGUGAUUCAAGUGCAUAGAUGAAGACAAUAAAAGAUUCGCGCCUAGGCAUGGGCGAUGUGCAGAUCCUGCCUGGGUCUCGUCAUCGUCCUCCUAUGAAGAAGCCAAUGUGGAUUAUUGUCUUGGUUUUAUUCGUAUGCGUGUUUCUAAUAUGUGCUUAUACCUACCCACCAAAAAGCAGUUCUGCUUGCUACAUCUUUUCUUCUGAAAAUUGCCGGUCAAUUACUGAUUGGCUUCCACCAGCUCCUGCAAGGGAAUACACAGAUGAAGAGAUUGCAUCACGAGCUGUUGUUAGGGAUAUUUUGAAAACACCUGUAGUUCUUUCAAAGAAUCCGAAAAUCGCCUUCAUGUUUCUGUCACCUGGUUCUCUACCAUUUGAAAGAUUAUGGGAUAAAUUUUUUCAAGGACAUGAAGGGAAAUUCUCAGUAUAUGUGCAUGCUUCUAAGACUAAACCAAUUCACGUGAGCCGUUAUUUUGUUGACCGGGAUAUACGAAGUGCUCAGGUGGUGUGGGGUAAAAUAUCUAUGGUUAAUGCAGAACGACGACUACUGGCAAAUGCUUUACAAGAUCCUGAUAACCAGCAAUUUGUUUUACUUUCUGAUAGCUGUGUGCCAUUGUAUACCUUUGACUAUAUUUUUGAUUAUCUGAUGUACACAAACGUCAGCUUUGUUGAUUGCUUUAUGGAUCCUGGUCCUCAUGGCAAUGGCAGGUAUUCAAAACGCAUGUUACCCGAAAUUGAGAUGAAGAACUUUAGAAAGGGUGCACAGUGGUUUUCAAUGAAGCGCCAGCAUGCUGUAAUAGUUAUGGCUGAUAACCUGUAUUACUCAAAAUUUAAGGCUUACUGUCAGCCUGGUUUUGAAGGGAAAAAUUGCAUUGCGGAUGAGCAUUACUUACCUACAUUCUUCCAGAUUGUUGAUCCUGGUGGAAUUGCAAAUUGGUCAACAACUCAUGUUGACUGGUCUGAGAGAAAGUGGCAUCCGAAAUCAUAUAGGGUUCGAGAUAUUUCAUAUGAGCUUUUGAAGAAUAUUACGUCCAUUGAUGUUAGUGUGCAUGUCUCGAGUGAUGAGAAGAGACAAGUACAAAGUUGGCCUUGCUUAUGGAAUGGGAUUCAGAAGCCAUGUUAUCUAUUUGCUAGGAAAUUCAAUCCUGGAACACUGAGCACUUUGUUGCAGCUUUUUUCUAAUUACUCAGCACCUUGAGCAAGCAAUUUUUGAUCCAUUCUUUCUUGGUCUCUCAUAGGGUAGUAGCAGCUGUAAAUUACAUCAAUUUUAUCUACACUGAGUGCAAAGUCUAUUGGCAUCACAUGACAGCAGCUACUGUGGCUAACAUUUCUGCCCCUUAUUUUCAUUUUGGGGGAAUCAUAUCAACUCAUUUUCUGGUUGCCCAUCUUUGUAGAACUCUGCAAAUGCAAAAAUGUUUAGUUAAAAUACAAAUGUUACCAUUCGUUCUAGAAAUUCAUGCAAUCUUCAUAGCCUCUUGAUUGAGGCUUAUGCUGUUAAACUAGGGUUUUGAGAUGUAGAAUCAAGAUGUGUAAUUUUAAUUUUAUUGUUUUAUAAUUUAAUCGCAUGAUUUUAUGUUU